AUGGCGACUCUUAAAGUUCCUUCAUCCGUUCCUUCACCUGCUGAGGAUUGUGAGCAACUCAAAAAAGCUUUUGCAGGAUGGGGAACAAAUGAGAAAUUGAUUAUCCAGAUUCUGGCUCAUAGGAAUGCAGCACAACGCAAGUUGAUUCGGGAAACAUAUGCUGCAACUUAUGGAGAAGAUCUUCUGAAAGACUUGGACAGUGAACUUUCAAAUGAUUUUCAGCGUGUAGUACUGCUCUGGACGUUGGAUCCAGCUGAGCGAGAUGCAUACUUGGUUAAUGAGGCUACAAAGCGGUUGACUGCUAGCAAUUGGGUUAUAAUGGAAGUUGCUUGCACCAGAUCCCCAUUUGAUCUCUUUAGGGCAAGGCAGGCAUAUCAUGCUCGUUAUAAGAAAUCCCUUGAAGAAGAUGUUGCACAUCACACAACCGGAGACUUCCGUAAGCUUUUGGUUCCUCUUGUGAGUGCCUUCCGGUAUGAAGGAGACGAGGUGAACAUGAUGUUGGCAAAAUCGGAGGCUAAGUUACUCCAUGAGAAGAUAUCUGAGAAGGCUUACAAUGAUGAAGAGCUUAUCAGAAUUCUGACGACAAAGAGCAAAGCACAGCUCAAUGCAACUCUUAACCAAUAUAACAAUCAUUUUGGAAAUCCUAUCAAUAAGGAUCUGAAAGCUGAUCCCAAAGACGAAUACCUCUCCUUGCUCCGAGCAACUAUUAAGUGCUUAACUUGUCCCGAGAAGUAUUUUGAGAAAACUCUUCGAUUGGCUAUCAACAAGCUGGGCACGGACGAAUGGGCUCUUACUCGUGUUGUUGUUACACGAGCUGAGGUUGACAUGCAGUGUAUCAAAGAAGAAUACCAUAAACGGAGCAGUGUCCCUCUGGACCGAGCAAUUGCUGUAGACACAUCUGGGGACUAUGAGAAAAUGCUUCUUGCCUUGAUUGGCCAUGGAAAUGCUUGA